AGAACAGAAAAGGAUCAAAGUGAACAACGGCACUGUUUGCCACGUCUGCUUCCCAAACGCUCAUCAUCAGUUCCCGUCCCCAAAAUCUCAUAAACCCUGUCCAUCACAACAACCGCCGCCGCCCAAAACCUCAUAAUCCCAACCCUCCACCACAGCCGCCAUCAUUCCCGGGCGCCACCAUGCAAGCAGCUCUGAUAACCCCUUCUCCUCGCGCCAUUCCCACCGGUUCCAUCACUGCCACGAGAACCACAAUUCCCCCUCAUGUGCGCCUCGUGUCUGUCCGAGCAUCGACCGAGGUAGCCCAAUCGCCGCCACCCGCAGUGAAAGAGACGGCCCACAAGCUCAACAAGUACAGCUCUCAUGUCACCGAGCCCAAGUCCCAGGGCGGCUCACAAGCCAUCCUCUAUGGCGUGGGUCUCUCGGAUGAGGACAUGCACAAGCCUCAAAUCGGUAUAUCAUCGGUUUGGUACGAGGGCAACACCUGCAACAUGCAUUUGUUGAAGCUUUCAGAGGCUGUGAAGGAGGGGGUGAGAGAUGCCGGCAUGGUUGGGUUCAGGUUCAACACUGUUGGUGUCAGCGAUGCCAUCUCAAUGGGCACGAGAGGCAUGUGCUAUAGCUUGCAGUCUAGGGAUUUGAUUGCUGAUAGUAUUGAGACGGUCAUGUCUGCUCAGUGGUAUGAUGGCAACAUUUCUAUUCCCGGUUGUGACAAAAAUAUGCCAGGUACAAUAAUGGCAAUGGGACGGCUCAAUCGACCUAGUAUUAUGGUUUAUGGUGGAGCUAUCAAGCCUGGUCAUUUUCAAGGCCAUACUUACGACAUAAUAUCUGCCUUUCAGGUUUAUGGAGAGUUCGUCAGUGGGUCCAUAACUGAUGAACAGAGGAUGAAUGUUGUCCGAAAUUCAUGCCCAGGAGCAGGAGCUUGUGGUGGAAUGUAUACAGCCAAUACGAUGGCUUCUGCUAUUGAAGUUAUGGGAAUGUCUCUUCCCUUCAGCUCUUCAACACCGGCUGAAGACCCAUUGAAGUUGCAUGAGUGCCAUUUGGCUGGAAAAUAUCUUCUGGAUUUGAUAAAAAUGGACUUAAAACCACGAGAUAUUAUCACUAUGAAGUCACUACGGAAUGCUAUGGUUGUUGUCAUGGCAUUGGGUGGAUCUACCAAUGCUGUAUUACAUUUAAUUGCCAUUGCAAGGUCUGUUGGUCUGCAGUUAACUCUUGAUGAUUUUCAGAAAGUAAGUGAUGAGGUUCCAUUCCUUGCUGAUCUUAAGCCCAGUGGCAAAUACGUCAUGGAGGACAUACACAAGAUUGGAGGAACACCGGCAAUCAUUCGCUUCCUUUUGGAAAAUGGGUUUUUAGAUGGGGAUUGUAUAACAGUUACUGGGAAGACAUUGGCUGAAAAUGCAGAACUUUUUCCUUCUUUGCCCAGAGAUCAGCAAAUAAUAAGACCGUUGGCAAACCCCAUAAAGAAGACUGGACACCUCCAAACUUUAUAUGGAAAUCUUGCACCAGAGGGUUCUGUUGCAAAAAUUACUGGAAAAGAAGGGCUAUAUUUCUCUGGUCCUGCACUUGUCUUUGAAGGUGAGGAAGCUAUGAUUGCAGCUAUAGCAGAGAAUCCUAUGAGCUUUAAGGGGAAAGUAGUUAUUAUUAGAGGAGAGGGACCCAAGGGGGGGCCAGGAAUGCCUGAAAUGUUGACUCCAACAAGCGCAAUAAUGGGAGCAGGUCUUGGGAAGGAUGUUGCUUUGUUGACUGAUGGUAGGUUUUCAGGAGGUUCACAUGGAUAUGUUGUUGGCCACAUAUGUCCUGAAGCACAUGUACAUUUUCUUUUCCUUCAUCCAGUUUUAUUUUCACUCUUUGAUUGCAAUUCUUUAUUGUUACAAGAGUAAAACUUUUGUUCACUUUGGCUGUGACAUACACUAACUUGGGAUUCUUUACCAAUAAAACAAUUUAGGUAUAUAAUACCUCAUAAGAAAUGGUCCAAAUUACUCUUGACACCAUCUAUCAGACUUGCAUAUUGAGAAUAUUAUAACAGUGUAGAUACAACAAUAUUGGUUCUUAAAUAUACCACUUGAUAGUUAGGGGAAGAGGUGUGGUGGUGGAGGUCUCUCACAUGUUAUUUGUUGAUGACACUCUUAUUGUUUGUAAUUCUCGGAAGGAGCACAUAUAGUAUAUGAGUUGGACGUACAUGUUUCUUGAGGCAAUAUCAAGAUUAAAGAUCAAUCUGGAGAAGAGUGAGUCGAUUUUUGUUGGGGGCCUCUCUAAUAUGGAGGAGUUGAUUGGAGUUUGGGGUUUUAGAGUGGGCAAUCUCCCUAGCACUUGAUUGGGCCUUUCGUUGGGAACCCCUUUUGGGUCUUCUCGGGUUUGGGACAAGGUGGAGGAAAGAUUUGAAAAGGCUUGCUAUGUGGAAAGGAUAAUUCUUAUCAAAAGGAGAAAGACUAACUUUGAUUAAAGGUAUUUUGUCUAGCUUGUCAAUUUACUUCAUGUCUUUAUUUGUCAUCUUGAAAAGGGUGAGCAUUAGACUGGAAAAGAUCUAUAGCAAUUUUCUUUGAGAGGAGGGGCCUUGUAUAGAGGAUCGUAUUUGAUGAAUUGGUCUAUAGUUAGUAUGGAUAAGAGGAGUGGGAGUCUAGAUAUAAGAAACUUGUUCACUCUUAAUAGCGCUCUCCUUGGAAAAUGGUUAUGGAGAUUUGUGAUUGAAUGGUAUCCUCUUUGGAAACAGGUGAUUGUUAGGAAAUAAGAGGAGAAAAGAGGGGUGAUGAUGCUCUAGAGGAUUGAGUGAAGGUUAAGGAGUGGGAGUGUAGAAAGAAAUUGGGAGGGGCUAGGAAGCCUUCAGGUGUAGAACCAGUGUCAAGGUGGGAAGUGGAUGUAUGGUGAAAUUUUGGAAGGAUAGGUGGUGUGGAGACACUUCAUUGAGGGAGUCUUUUCUAGAGCUCUCACAAUAGUCUUUGCUAAAGAUAUAUAGAUAGUUAAGGUGCAGGAUGGGUAGUUGGAACCCUAUGUUUAUAAGAUAGUUUCAUAAUUGGGAUUUAGAGGGAUGAAAGUCUUCUUUAGGAGGUUGUAUGAGCAGACCAUUAGGAAGGACAUGGAAGACAAUUUGGCUUGGCUGAACACGAAGAGCGACAAUUUCUCAGUUAAGUCAUUCUACCACUAAUUGUAUAGAAGGGUGGAGACAUUUCCUUUUGGCAUAGUUUGAAAUUCUUAAUUACCAUUGAAGGUUUAUUUUUUGCAUGUGAAGCAAUGUGGGGCAUGAUACUCUCUUUGGGUUAGUUCAAAAAUAAGGUUCCUGAACGGAUGCUUCUUGUGCAAAGAAGAAGAAACAGUUGACCACACUGCUCGAAAGCAGUUACUUUGUGAUAGCUGAUUUAUGCCCUUCCUGGAGUUAAGUAGGUGACAUAUUCUUCAUUGAGAGGUGCUUUUUUGAGUUGGCAUGGGUCCUUGAAAAAGGAAGGAAAAAGAUCGGAAAGUUGCUCCUUUGUACUUACCUUAAACUGUUUGGAAGAAGAGAAAUAGGAGAGCUUUUGGGAAUAUUAAAAAAGUUGACAAAGCAAUUAAACAAUCCUUCAUAUAUGUACACAUAUUUGUUGGAAAGGGGUAGAGUUUUUAUAGGAUAUUGUUCCUUAUUGAUGAUGGACUUUAUGGAGUGAUUUUGGGCUCCAAGUAAGGCGUCCUUGUAUGUAUGAUAUAUACUUUUGUGUCUUUUUUAGGUGCCGUCAAUACAAUUGAUAUUUUAUCUAUCAAAAUAAAAAUAAAAAAUAAAAUGGGUUUUGGGGGUGCCUUCCCUCUUAUUAAAAAAAGAGUCAAAUGUCUCUGAGGGAGAGAAGUUGCAGAGGAAGAAACUGAAGCUUGUAGUUUUGUUACUUUGCCCACAACAAAACCUGUUCUUCACAACUAGGAUUAUAAUUUAUGCAUAGGCGUCUGUAUGGAUGGAAGUACAAUAAUUUAUCAGGGCAAGGUAUUGUAAAUUAAUUCAGUUUUCCUCAUGUGUAUGCAAAUAAAUGUUUCAGGAAGGUGGUCCCAUUGGUCUCAUUGAAAA